CAUUGGGUAUUUCUUUGAAGGAACUCAUGCAGCCUAAAUCUAGGGCCAAUGGAACAACUGUUACUGAAUUCAUCCUAUUGGGUUUGGUAGAGACACCAGAGCUGUGGCCACUUGUUUUCAUACUCCUCCUCUUGGCUUACAUGGCCACAGUUGGGGGCAACCUCAGCAUCCUGGCAGCUGUCUUGGUGGAGCCCAAACUCCACACUCCCAUGUACUUCUUCCUGGGGAACCUGUCAAUGAUGGAUGUGGGGUGUAUCAGUGUCACUAUUCCCUCAAUGUUGGUUCGGCUUUUGGCACACAAGCAUGCAAUUCCAUACGGAGACUGCCUCAUACAGCUCUUCUUCUUCCAUCUGCUGGUUGGUGUGGACUGCUUCCUGUUGACAGCCAUGGCCUAUGACCGGUUCCUGGCCAUCUGCCGACCCCUGACCUACAGCACCCGUAUGAACCACACAGUCCAGAGGAUCUUGGUGGCCAUGUCCUGGGCUUGUGCUUUCAGCAAUGCACUGACUCAUACUGUGGCCAUAUCCACACUCAACUUCUGUGGUCCCAACGUGAUCAAUCACUUCUACUGUGACCUGCCCCAGCUCUUCCAGCUCUCCUGCUCCAGCACCCAGCUUAAUGAGCUGCUGCUCUUUGGGGUGGGUUUCAUAAUGGCAGGUACUCCCAUGGCUCUCAUUUUUACUUCCUACAUCCACGUGGCAGCUGCAGUGCUGCGUAUCCGCUCUGCUGAGGGCAGGAAGAAGGCCUUCUCCACGUGUAGCUCCCACCUCACUGUGGUUGCCAUAUUCUACGGCUCAGGUAUCUUUAACUACAUGCGACUGGGUUCUGUCAAACUUUCAGAUAAGGAUAAAGCUAUUGGGAUUUUCAACACUGUUAUCAACCCCAUGCUGAACCCACUGAUCUACAGCCUCAGGAACCCAGAUGUGCAGGCUGCCCUCUGGAGGGUUCUCACAGGGAGGCGGUUAUCAGCUUGAGGAGGUCUCCAGGCUCC